AUGUUUCCAGGGGUAGCAGUCGUGACUGGCGCAGCGGGCACGGGGAUGGGACAGGCGAUCGCUAAAGCUUUUGCUGGUGAGGGUUGCAACCGAAUCGCAAUAACUGACAUCAAUGCUUCCCUGCUGGAUAAGACAGCUGCCGAGAUCAAGGAGAAGUAUGCUGGUGUUCAAGUACUGGCGCAUGCUGGAGACAUCUCCGACCACGAAUUUGUUGACGGCUUUUUCACGUUAGUCGUUGAGAAGUUUGGACGCAUAGACUACGCAGUCAAUUGUGCUGGAAUAAUGGGCAAUAACCAAAGCUCGACUGACACAUCUCUGGACGACUUCGACAAAAUCACUAACGUGAAUUAUCGGGGCUGCUGGCUCUCCUCGAGAGCUGAGUUAAAGCAGAUGGUGCAGCAAGAACCGCUGGAAAGCCAUGAUGGGCGGCCAGGCGAACGAGGUUCUAUAGUCAAUAUCGCAAGCCAGCUGGGUAUCGUUGGACGCCCAAGAGCUCCGGCAUACUGUGCCAGUAAAUCCGCAGUAAUAGGCAUGACGCGGUGCGAUGCCAUUGACUACUCCGAGCAUGGCAUCCGAGUCAACGCAAUCUGUCCAGGCAUCAUUGCAACACCAAUGACAACUGGCUCCUCGUCGAUCGUUGACGAACGCACACAUGAGCCAAUAUUGUCGAUACUGUCAAUUAUUGUGGAGACUGCCAUAAGAUUACGCAGAGAUGGCCAUAAGGUUGUCAUCGUCUCGUCUGGGGCUAUUGCUGUUGGCUUGAAGCGGAUGACGAUCCCGAAAAGGCCGAAACAUCUGGCUCAAGUUCAGGUCAGCUUUGGCAGCAAUUGGACAAUCUCGCUGAUGUCGAUAUGGGAUUCACUGUUCGGACAUAUGGAUCAGCCAGUCGCACAAGUCCUCCUCACACGCAACGACAUCGCCGACCGGACACAGUACCUCAAUGCGCAGAACACACUGGCCGAAUGUCUGUCAUUUGGUGUGAUACCCAUCGUCAACGAAAACGAUACCAUCUCUGUCUCUGAAAUCAAAUUCGGUGACAACGAUACUUUGUCCGCUAUUACGGCCGCUAUGGUCAACGCGGACUAUCUCUUCCUCAUGACAGACGUCGACUGCCUCUACGACAAGAACCCACGGGCGUUCCCGGACGCACAGCCGAUAACUGUCGUUGAGGACAUCGACCGUCUGCAAGCCGAUGUGUCCUCGAAAGGCUCGGCUCUUGGCACCGGAGGAAUGGCGACUAAGAUCACUGCUGCUCGGCUGGCGACAGCUGCAGGCACGUCCACCAUAAUCACGAACUCAUCGAAGCCCGGUAACAUUUCAAACAUAAUCCACUACCUCCAUCCUGACACGUCGUCAGCGAACGGCAUAUCGUCUCCUGCUCCGAAUGUCCCACCCUUGCAUACCCGCUUCCUCCCAUCUGCUACGCCGAUUCGCAGCCGUGCCUUUUGGAUUCUACACGGUCUACACCCGCACGGCUCGAUCUAUAUUGAUCGAGGCGCCGCUGCCGCACUCUCCACCCACGCAGGACUCCUCCCUGUAGGCAUCGUCGCUGUGACGGGGACUUUUGCGCAACAGGAAGCCGUCAGACUCAUCGUCGUCGACCGCACAAAGAUGGGGUCACUUUCACCUCGUGCAGAUACCACCCUCGAGGGCUCAAUAUCCACCUUCAGUCAACCAGCCAUGGAGUUCAUCGACUACGAUAACGGCGAAGAGAUUGGACGGGCUGUUGUCAACUACUCAAGCACAGAAGUAGCGCGCAUUCGUGGCCUGAGAAGCAAAGAUAUUGCAAGCGUGCUUGGAUACGCUGACAGCGAAUACGUGGCAUUCAGAGAAAACGUAAGUCUACGAGAGCACGCGAAUGCAGGCAGCAGAGCCAGCCGACCCGAAACACCAGCCCCACAGACUCCCACAAAGGCCGCCUCAAGGACACCAGACGCCAGCAUAUCCGAUCUGAGAGACCUGCACAUCAGCAAAGAAGAAGAGGGCAGUAGGACGCCGAAUGCAGGCCACAUCACUCCAGCUGCGGAAACGCCUGCCGCUUCCGAAGUGUAG